AUGUCGGACGACAACUAUGCUGUAAAAGUGAAGGAACCCUCAAUCGAAAGCGACAAGAAACCCGCCGCAAGAAUCUUGCAAACGACCGUCUCGUCCAACACUAGCCCCCGGCAGACGUGUCCGAUUCACCAAUCUGCGAGCCACUCGAUACUAGACUGCAAGGCUUUCAGCCAACUCCAGUACUCCGAACGAAGAAUCAUCGCGAUCAACAACGUACUCUGCUUUCGCUGCCUAGGGACUCACCGGGCCGCUGACUGCGCAUCAAACUUCAAAUGCGACGUCUGUCACCGACAACACCACACUCUGAUGCACCGUCCUACUACCGACCCUACGCCUCGGUCUACCUCGAACAUCACACCCGAGAACACACCUCACCUCAGCAACAACGCACCCGGAAACAUCUACCGAGACACGUCCUCAAAACAACACACGCUGGGUGCUCAUGUCAUGUAUACGCAGCUCAACGACCAAGGUGAUAACGCAAAGAACUGCUCCAAGACUCUUCUGGUGGAACUCACCAUGAAGAGCGCACCCGAUAAAAGACUAGUAGCCUACUGCAUCAUCGACGAACAAGCCACUACUUCUCUCGUAGACGAUCGCGUCCCCGCAUUCUUCAAUCAAUCAUUCCCGUUACAGGAAUAUUCCCUCAGCUUCGCGCGACCCGACUGCACCUUGGCAGCUACCGGACAAGUAGUCACUGGCCUCAUGGUGAGAGGAAUAAAUGCAAGCGAGGUCAUCAACAUCCCCGAAGCACUUUCCACCCCGAGCCUGUCAGAUACCAGACACGAAGCUGCCACCCCACAAAUCGCGAAACUCCACCCUCACACCGCUCACCUCGCCCACUUGUUCCCACCGAGACACCCGGAAGCGGAGGUUCUACUCCUGAUAGGGCGCAACUGCGGACGCGCCAUGUCCACCGAAUCACUCACCCCCGGCUGUGAACCUUACGUACAUAAGACGCCCCUUGGGUAUGCCCUGGUCGGACAUACCUGCAUCAAAGAACAAUUGCCAACGCCUGCCUUUACCGUACUCGCCACCCGAGUUGAUACCCGAAACUCAAAUUCCGUAUCUGUGAAAUAUCGAUUCCCCUCCAAACUACCCGACGGCUCGCUAGCAGAUAGUUUCGCUCGCAAUGCGGAAGACGAUCUUCAGGGUUUGUCGCGUGACGACCGAACCUUCCUCAGUCUGAUGGCUGAAAACGUGCGCACUACACCAGAAGGACAUAUCGAACUCCCUCUCCCAAUUCGAGAUCAAAACCUGCCCGACAACAAGAUAGCUGUAUUCCAUCGCAGCAAAAACACUUUGAACAAAUUGAAGAGCCAAGACUCAAAACUGAAAAGCUGCCUGGAGGCGAUGAGAAAAAAUAUCGAAGCCGGAUUUGUCGAAAAGGUUCCCCCCACCCAACUAGACCCUCCGUCAGGAAGAUCCUGGUACCUACCAAUCUUCUGCGUCGACCAGCCUAAGAAAUCGAAGGUCAGGCUCGUCUACGACGCAUCAGCCAAGUAUAACGGGACCAGCCUUAACGACGCGCUAUACCAAGGCCCAGACCUUACGAAUCAUCUGCGAGGAGUCCUUCUGAGGUUCCGGGAGCACCCCAUCGCCUUCGGAGCCGACAUCGAGGCCAUGUUCUCGAACUUCAAGGUGCCGGCCGAGCAGAGAGACCUACUCAGAUUCUUUUGGUUCGAUCAGAAUGACUGCAACAAACCUAUUGUACAGUACCGGUCCACCAGUCACAUAUUCGGCUGUACUAGCAGCCCGGCAGUGGCCAAUUUCGGCCUCAAACAUUGCGCCUCACAACCGUUCCCCAAAGACUACGACCUGGCUCGGAGGUACAUCAACGAAUCCUUCUACGUCGACGACGGUCUGCGAUCAGUUACUUCCCCAGAAUGCGCCAUUCAAGUUCUUACCAAGGCUCGAGAAAUGCUAUUCAGACAUAAUAUAAGACUGCACAAAAUUGUCAGCAACUCUCCCGAAGUGGUUAACCACUUCCCAGCAACGGAACGCGCCGGAGAACCAUUACACCUUGAAAUGCAACCCACCUCGGUCCAACGUACUUUAGGAGUAGCUUGGAGUACACUAAAUGAUGCCUUCAUGAUAAACGUAACGAUACCUCAGCGGUCCUUCACCAAACGCGGAAUCAUCUCUGUCGUUAACACAAUCUACGACCCCCUAGGGCUAGUGAGCCCAGUAACCCUCAUGGGACGCCUCAUUCAGAGAGAUGUUCUUCCCCCAAAGGACUCGGUCAACCUUCUCCAAAACUUCGGAUGGGACGACCUUCUACCCGACCAGUACAAAGUGGGGUGGGAUCGAUGGAUCGAAUCACUGCGCCUCUUGAAACUCAUCCAAGUACCAAGGAACUUCUACCCCCUAAACUUCAGGCCCCAAAAACAAGAGCUCCACGUCUACUGCGACGCAUCAGACAAAGCCAUCGGCUACGUCAUGUACUUGAGAUCUCUUUCUGACGAAGGCGACACCCACGUCGCUUUCGUCUCAAGCGCAUCCAGAGUUGCUCCUAGAUGCGCCACUAGCAUACCCCGACUAGAGCUAUGUGCCGCCCUGGAGGCCGCCAAAGGAGCGACCUCAACCGUGACAGAACUCGAACGGAAGCCAGACAACGUACUGAUGCACAGCGAUAGCAAGAUAGUUCUGGGCUACCUCGCAAACAAACAACGGCGCUUCUCAAAAUACGUGGAGAGACGCGUAAGCAUCAUCUUAGAUCACACGCUCCAAUCUAACUGGCACUACAUUUCUUCGAAGGAAAACCCUGCAGACUACGCGUCGCGUCCAACAUACCCCGAUACACUGACGUCAACGCCCUGGUUUAACGGACCGGCUACCCUAUGGAACCCUUCUUAUUGCCCAGACAAACUCCCCCAAGAAGAAGUCUCUUUACCUGAAGAAACCAAGACUGCUUCAAUCUUGCUAACCGCAAUUACUCAAGAAACGUCUCCACUCGCAAGCGUAUGGAAUAGAACGAACAAACUCAAUACACUCAUAAACAUUACCAGAAACGUAACCAAGUUCAAACAUCACAUCGACCUGGUUCGCCAAAAGCGGGGAAUCACCUUAGCACCUAGGCCGGCAAAGAUAAGCCGUAACGACGCACUCAAAAUUUUGAUCAAAGAAGCCCAGAAAGGACCAUACGGAACGAUACUAGCCUUACUUGAAAAUCGUAAGAGACUUCCCGAAAACUGCAAAACUACCGAGCUAACCCCUCGCCUCGAUUCAGACGGCAUCCUCAGAGUCGGCGGCCGCCUAAAAAACGCGAACCUACCCUUCUGCGUGAAGCACCCCGCUCUGCUUCCGCGCGAACAUCCCCUCUCAACGAUCAUCGCCUCUCACUUCCACGAAGAAUCGAAACACCAAGGAGGCCACAUCACACACGGCACGCUGAUACAAGCUGGUUUCCACAUCGAACACGGUCGCCAACUGAUCCGAAAGAUGAUCCGCGACUGUGUCACUUGUCGCAAACUACGAGCGGAACCAAUGACUCAAAUAAUGUCAGACCUACCAUCCGAUCGCAUAGAAAACUUUGUGCAGUAUUCCACGUCACCCAUAUGA